AUGGCUGCUCCUUACGGCGAGGCCCUCCCUCAAGAAGAUCCUACCAGACUUCGCACCCGUGAUGGCCCAAUGAGAGGCUCCAGAGACAACUGGGACAUCUUCUGGCUGAUAGUCCUAUCAACCCUGAUGCCUCCUGUUGCCGUUCUGUGCGUCACUAGCUGCGAUACCCAGUUCGCACUCAACGUGGUGCUCGGAAUGCUCACCUUGGGGAUCGGAAGCAUCAUCCAUGCCAUAUGGGUGGUCUGCUACUACGGCAAAGGCGGCCAUCUGUCUUGGGGUCAACGAAGGAAGCUCGAGCAACAGAGAAUCGCCGGUGCUCUUGCAAUUCAAGCGAAGACUAGACCCCCGCAGGUCUACAACGAAGCAGAUGCCGAUGCUGCGGGUUACGGCGGCUCCAAGUAUCUGUGA